GCAGAUCAUGAAAAUCUGUAAUUCAAUAAGUAGUUCACUAAGGACUCACUACCAAGAAGAAAGCGCUAAGAGUAGCCCUCACUUGCAGAGUGUGUCAGUUCAGGAAACGCCGUCAAGUUAGUCCGGAAGUCACCACCGAGUUAACUUUGCGUCUUCUUUGUGUCAGUCCGGCAAUCGCCAUCAAAUUAACUAGUUGUGUACUGUCAUGGAGUUUCUUCUUCGACUCCAGCUCAAAAAAUCUCUUCAAGUACCAAGUUCCUUCUUUGAUUCUUGUCUUAGUCAAAUUCAUUCAAGGAGAUAAUUUCUACUGCGAGGCACAUUUCUAUUUUUCUAAGGACUGCAUUACCUCGACAUCAACGUCAAUAUUCAAUUUGGAUGAUCAGAACUAUAAAAGAAUUUAUUGGAGAUUUCAACCCUAACUACAAUUCAAAUGAUUUCAACUGUCACGUAUUUAGAAAGACUGAGUAAUUUUCUGCACCUAAGUUACAAUCUUGAUGUAAAUAACAAAAAUAAUUCGUUGGCAAUUAUUAAUUCAUUUGUAUAUUAUCUGCUUACCUACGAAAAAAUGAGAUUGAUUCAAAUUUUUUGACGCAUUGGUUAAUGAACGAGAAUGUUUACUAUGAUGCGGCUAAUGACGAAAAAAUAAAAUACCAGAGAAAUUUUAAAACAACUUUAUUCAAUUACAUAAUUUGUAACGUCCUCUUUAAAAAUUAUGGAAAUCUUUAUGGUUUUCUGGCGGAAAUUUAUCGACACUACGAAGGUAAGCAGACAAUUAAAAUGCUUCUCAGAAAUGCAAAAUCUAAAUUGAAAGAAAUUAGAGAUUUAAAUUCAUCAGAAGAUGUUGCACUAUAUGACGAAGUAAUCGAUGUAAUAUCGCACCGAUUAUUCAUUCCACACUUUCCAAUAGUGAGAAAAGAUUAUUAUUUAGAUUCAGUGGAUUUUAUUUAUGCACAAGCAGGCAUCAUUGCUGGGAAUGAAUUUAAUUCAACAAAUAAUUGUCCAAUUAAGGAGGUAAUUCGUUUUCAAGAUGCUGCCAAGGAAAUGUUUUUGGAUCUUCAUUUAACUGAUAAGGAAACACAAAAUUUCUUGAAAUCGAAUGGAAUAUCUUUGAGGACUCUAGCUCUAAAGUCCUCUAUGCUAACUAUUUUAAAAGCUAAAGUUUCGAUGAAAAAAAUUAAUUUACAUGACAUGGUAAAUAAUAUAGGAUAUCCAAAAAUUCCAGGAGUUGAUGAUGGUUAUAAGUUAGGUGACAUUUUUGGAGCUGAUGGUUUAAAAUCAAUAGAAUAUCUGAUAAAUACAAUUGAAAAGAGUUUUUUUUAUUUCAUAUGCAGCUGCUUCUAGAAACUUUACUGUUAAUUUUGAAUUACU